AUGAACGAACCUCAAGGUCCUAUAGACACUAUUCCUAAAGUCAAUUACCCACCAAUACUGACAAUAGCCAACUAUCUUUCUACAAAGCAGAUGAUUGACCAGGUUAUCAGUGAGGACCAAGACUACGUGACGUGGAAACUGCAAAACCUACGGACGGGUGGCAUCCCAUCUAAGAAUCAAUUGAACGAGUACCCGAAAUACAAAUUCAAAAAAUCCAAGAUAAACCAGCAAGAUCCGGACUCCAUCAAUAAAGUCCCUGAAAACCUAAUAUUCCCGCGAGAUAUCUUACAGAAGCAAAUACAAAAAAGCAAUCAUGAAAGUGGCCAUGGCAACGACGACAAGGAAGACAAUCUCACACAAGACGAACAGUUCAAGCUCUUAGUGACCAACCUAGAUAAAGAUCAAACCAAUCGAUUUGAGGUUUUCCACAGGACAUCUCUAAACAAAACGCAGGUGAAAAAACUGGCCAGCACGGUAACAAACCAAACCAUAAGUGAAAACGUUCGUGUGUUUUUGCAGGCAACAGGCAAAAUAUACGCCGGUGAGAUCAUCGAGUUGGCCAUGGUUGUGAAAAAUAAGUGGCUGACGAGUCAAAUGUGCAUAGAAUUCGACAAGAGGACCAAAAUAGGGUAUAAAUUAAAAAAACACCUUAAAAAAUUGACUUUUUCCAUCAUGGAAAACCAACAGUACAAACAGGACUAUCAAUCUGAUAGCGUACCCGAAGACGAGCCAGAUUUUUACUUCGAUGAUGAAGAAGUGGACAAGCGCGAAACUACUUUGGGUAACUCCUUGUUACAGUCAAAGUCCUUGCAGCAGUCGGACCACAGUUCUCAGGACUUGAAGUUACAACUCAUUGAGCAGUAUAACAAGCUCGUUCUUCAAUUCAACAAGCUGGAUGUAAGCAUCGAAAAAUACAAUAACAGCCCCGUCUUGCCUGAGCAUAUCCGGGAGGCCUGGAGGCUCUACCGUCUGCAGUCGGAUAAUUUGCCUAAUGCCUACUGGAGAACCCAAGGUGAGGGACAGGGAUCCAUGUUUAGGUAG